CUUCAACUCUUCGUUAGGCAAGCAAGAUUCGAAGCUGCGAACAAGCUACAAUUUUCACAGUCGACGACCGCAUUACAGCAGCAGGACGCGCGGACGUGAACGCCAGCGACGACCAGAAUGCCUGGUGCCAGCCGGAAGGGCUCUCGAGUAGUGGAAGCCCACAAGCCCAACAAAGCGCUGUCUCCCCAAGAGCACGCGUCACCCAAGAAGGAUGCAGUACCCUCGGAGGUCGAGCCUAGCGGUCCUUUGCGCACUCAGGAGAGUCGCCCACAGGAGCCUGUGUCGGAGGAAGAGUUUCUGACUGAGGGUCCAGGGCUCUGCCGCAUCGUCGUCAUCGUGGUCGGCACGACGGGCACGCUCGCCAUACUCGUCGUUCUCACUAUACUCGUGUUCCUGGCACCAAAGGACAUCGUGCACACCACUCCACCUCCUUCCCUGUGCACGACGUUCGCGUGCAUUGAGCACGCCUACAACCUCAACAAGUCGAUGCUACGGGCAGUCAGUCCGUGCGACAACUUCUACCAGUUCGUGUGCGGAUCAUGGACGGCACCUCGACGCCGGCAAACAUCGGUUGGCCAGAACAUGCACGACACCAUCGCAGGUGCUAUACAGGCAACCGCCAACCACCACCCGCCGGAGAGUCGUUUGAAGGGCACGCGCAAGGCUUACGACAUGUACAUCUCGUGCGUCGAGGCGCACGACGCCGCCUACGCUACCGACAACGUGAGAAGGCUCAAGCACUUCAUGCACCAACACAAGUUGUCCAUCUCGGCGGAAAACGUGGACGGUGUUGACCCAUUAGACCAGCUGGUCGACCUCAGCGUCAACUGGAAUCAGCACUUCAUUUUCGAGAUGGCACCGCACAAGCCACAGGGGCAGAAGGAGUGGAUGCUGCUGCUGUACCCCGGUUUGCUGGCGCAGUACUUCAGCCAUUCUGAGCAGACGGGUGCAGCAUUCUCCGAGUACGUGCGGUACCAUCUGGCCAAGGGGUUCGGAAACCCCACCGACGUGAUCGCCGCAUUUCCCACUUUCCGUGAGGAGAUCGUCCGACAAAUGGCGCCCCUCAAGGAGCCCCUGAGCACGAACAAAUACCCGUGGCUCAAGUUCGCUUUCUCGGAAAUCCAAACUUACGCGCCGAACAUCGAAGCCAAGCACUGGCGCUGGAUCGUGAACAAGCACUUCGCUUCUUACAAAAUCUCCUUUGGCAGUAGGUCGACGGUGUUCGUUACGGACAGGCGGGUGCUGGACGUGCUGAACAAGCUCCUUGACAGAACCCACAACUUGUUCAGGCUGCCCGUCACCUCGUUUAUUGCCUGGAAGUUCGUCGAACUGUUUGGCUGGAUUCUCGACGACAAGAUAGCGGAGAUGAGCUUCGACGAGACGGAAAAACAGGCGCUGCAUGAAGCGCGCCGCGUGGCCUGCGCCGACUUGGUGGAGCGCACGUACGCCUUCGCCAUGAGCGGCCGCUAUCUCUUCGAGAUUGUCGACGUGAACACCAGGGGCGCUGUGAGCUCUUUCCUCACCUCCAUCCAGGACGCCAUGCUGGCGCUCACGGACAACACGACCUGGAUGGACGACAAAUCGAAAGGUGAUUUCAGGAUCCGUGUGUCGGACGUCGAGCGCACCAUAUGGAUUACAGGAAUCAGCGCGUACCCGGGCAAGCUGACUGCGCUCUACAAGGACUUCCCCGCGAUGGGCAACUUAUUCGUGGCUAACUGGAUCGAAAGUCAGAAAGCAUUGUCGCGGAAACUGUUCGACCUGAUCACAAACGUUUCGUCGGCCACGUCCGAGUCCGACAGGCGGACGGCGUACGCCGAAUACCGCGCCAACUCUGACCCGUCCAUGUCGCGCUACGUUUAUCAUCAAAACAGCAUCACGGUGCCCAUGAGCCUGCUGUUCAAGCCCAUGUACGUUUACGAAGGCACCUCCGCCAUGAACUACGCAGGCCUCGGGGCCUUGUACGCACAGCUGCAGAUCAAAAUGCUGGACACAGUCGGCGUCCAGUUCAACGAACAGCGACAGCUCCGCUCCUGGAUGUCUAGAAGCCCCAUGGAGCGCUACGAUGCCAUGGUGCAAUGCUUCUUCUCCAGGGAGAGCCAGGAUGACUUUUGGGAGAAACUGGCGUUCGAGGUCGUUUUCAAGGCGUUCCAGAAGAGCAAGCUUCAGGCGCACGCGCACGGCAUCAGGCUUCAGGGCCUCGAGGAAUUUUCGGACGACGCUAUCUUUUACAUGAGUUACUGCUACAUCAGCUGUUCGCGCACUGCCUCCAAGACGACGCCCAUACGCCGGUCACAUGUGUGCCACGCCAUCACGGAAACGGAGCACUUCCGCACCACGUUCGGCUGCCAGACCCGCCCUAAGGGCAAUCUCGCCGAAUGCCCUCUAUUUUGGCGGUAGCCUGAAAUGAUCGAAACGCGUGACCAGAGCGGCCAGAUGUGGGUGUCGCAAAUAUUUGACGCAUCGUCUAUUCGCUGUAGCCAUGCGACCACACUUAGAUAUUAUAUGACAUAUUUCGCAUACCGA